CAUUUGCAUAGUGAAUGGGAGAAUUAAAUCGGGUCUCGAUUAAUACUGUAUUUGUCUAUGGUGAAUUGUCAUUGAACGCCAUCUACCGAUCGACAGAAAACUGACAGUCGACCGACCGACACCGACAGCAGACAGCGGAAGAAUUUCAUCCAACCACUACCAGCCUACACACGUCUUUUCUUUUCUAUUCCAUUGUUUUCUGUCGCAAAAUACAAUCGUAAUUUCACCCAGCAGUGAUUUUCGUCAAACUGUAUCAAAACAUGUGUUAAAACUGGACAGUGUAAUAAAGUGCACAAGAGUUCGCGGUGUUAAAAAACAUAUUUCCAGGAAUGGAGCCGUCACCGACAGACGCCGACAUCUUACUAUCAAGAUUAUUAUGAAUUGAAACAGCGAACCCUCGCUGUUAUGUCUCCUCUUAAGGUUUAGUUUGUCAACACAUCACAAUGGACACCCUGCACGUGGGCCACGGGCACAGCCUCGGCUCCAGCAGGAGCCAGUCGCCAUCUUGUACGGAGCUGGCGCAGCCUGCCACCGACUCCAUCAGGUCCCGCGUGCAGUCGCCCUCCACCGCGCUCCACAGCGAGCCAUCGUCGAGCUCAUCAUCUCGUCAUGGCGACCGCGUCACGCACCACGUCAAGUCGCACUCGCGGGACUUAGGCAACAGUCCGCUGUCCCGGGACCUGGGCAGCAGUCCCGCUACCACCGGCAGCGUGUCUAGAGAUCUAGAAGAUUCUCCUCAGAAGAAGAUCAUAGCAGGCAUCAUAGCGCCGGGCGAGUACGCAGCCGCGGUGUAUCACAGCCCUAACAACGCGUCUUACCUCUCUUCUGCUGACGAGUACGGCUCGCCGGCGUAUAGAGCAGCAGAUGGUGACUACACGAACCAUGACGACAACGAUGGCGCGAACACAACUUCGUCGAAAGCGCAAGCCGCCAUCAUGCAUCUACAGAGCAAGGUCGAGCGGACUAAGGAGCUGAUACGGUUGGAGCAGACCAUACGGGACGACAACGUGAACGAGUACCUAAAAGUAGCAGCCAACGCCGACAAGCAGCAACUGCCACGCGUCAAAGCGGUUUUCGAGAAGAAAAACCAAAAAUCCGCGCUCUGCAUCGCGCAGUUACAGAAGAAACUAGAAGGAUACAACAAGAGAAUCAAGAAUUGGGAGCAGCACGGCUCGAGCGGGCAGGCGCACCGGCAGCCGAGGGAGGUGCUCAGCUACAUGGGACAAGGGUUGAAGAGUGUAGGAGGCAAUAUUCGCGACGGCAUCACGGGGCUCGGCGGCAGCGUGAUGGCCGCGCCGAGAGAGUUCGCGCAUCUCUUCUCUCGCUCUAACCGCUUCGGCUCCGCUGACAACAUCUCGCAGCUCGCCGAAAACACAGGUCCUUCCCCACCACACGCGGAACUGAGAGCGAACGCGUCCUCCGAAGGCUCGCGAGCGUCCGAGGCAGGGGAAGCCGCGCCGAGAGGGUCCACCUUGCCCCGUGCCGCCACCUCGCCCGCGCCCAAGUUCUCCCCUGAAGCGUCUCCCAGCAGCAGUGUCACCAGUGAAGGAGCCGUAUAUCCGACGCAGCCGGGCUCCAACAACUUGUCAGAAGCGGCGCUGAGCCUCAAGCCGAUCCUCAGUGAACUAGCCGCGCGUCGUGAGGACUACGAGAGGCUUGCAGAGAAACUCGACGCGCUUAAGAACCUAUCACAAGAGGUGUCAGACUUGACGGAGCGGUUACAGGAAGAACGGUUCAAGACUGAGCGGUUAGAAGAACAAAUCAACGAUCUCACUGAACUACAUCAGAAUGAGGUUGAAAAUCUAAAGCAAGCUUUAACGGACGUAGAGGAGAAGGUGCAAUAUCAAAGCGAAGAGAGGAUACGGGACAUUCAUGAAGCGCUCGAUCUCUGUCAAACUAAGAUUAUUAAACUAGAGCAAUGGAUGGCUGGCGGCGUGGCGGGCGGCGGCGGCGCGGGCGGCGAGGCGGGCGUGGCCGCGCUGCCGCCGCGCCUGCUGCUCGUCAAGCUGCUCAACGUGGCGCUCACGCUGCUGCAGCUGGCCCUGCUGCUCAUGGCCACCAUCGCCGGCGUGGCCAUGCCCUUCCUGCGCACCAGAGUACGAGUUCUAACAACAAGCUUAGCCGUAAUGGUGGGUGUGAUGGUCCUAAAACAAUGGCCGGAGGUGACGCAACUCUCCGAGCACCUGGUCCGGCGGCUCAAAGAGUACCUACUCGACAAGCACCAUGACAGGUAUGAAUGCAAUGCGUUAUGUGGUUAACUAAACACAAUUCGGCGUUAUUGGUGAAUUAGGUAAAAUAUUGCAAUUCAGUCCUGUUUCUUUUGUCAUUGUGUCGGCAAAAUAUAUGUAACAUGGACGAAAUUGUGUUGACAUACUUAUGAUAAGUUAAAUAUAUUCCGGUUGUUGUUAGUGAAAAGUGAAAUGUGACGAUUAUUUCUGACAUUGAAUCAUCAGCAGGCGUAUUAUGGAUGGUUUUAUCCACGUGAUAAAAUAACUGUCACUUUUUAACAUCGCGGGAUAGAAAGUGAUGGACACCGUUUUAUCACGCUGUCACGUAGACAAGAACGACCAUCAUAUUAUCCGUACUGAUUAACUCAAUUUGACUAUUCAUUAGCGACAACUGUUUGUAUAUGAAAUAAAUGACAUGUGAAAUUAAACAUUUGAUAUUUGUAUCAAUGAUAAAAAUAUUUUUGACAAUACUUCGACAGAUUUCUCAGACUGUUGUACUUAUUGUAAAAUAGAAUACAAGCGGUUAAUUAGAAUGUAUGUUUUUUGUAUUAUUUUUUACUGAUACCAACUUGUAUUUUAUUAUAUAGUCAAACGUGUAUAAUUUUUGUAGUGGCGUGGUGUUAAGCAAAUAAAUAUAAACUUUAUUUCGCACAGAACAAAGUUGCUAUUGUAUUUAUACGACAUAGAAUACAGCAAAGAAGUUUUUCUAUUAUUAAGCAAAUUUUAUAUUCGUUCAUUUUUGCAAUGUAGUAGUAAAGUAGCUAGCUUAUCAUUGUCCUAAUUUUAUUGUUUAAAUGUUGAUCCCACGCUACUAAAGAUGUUUUAGUGUCAUGAAUGCUCAAAUAUACAUAAUGUUUAGUCAAAAUAUACAGAGGCAUUAACGCAUGAUACUAAAAUUACUUACCUAAAGUUUUGGAACGUUUUGUCAACGCGAGAAUAUGUCAAACGCCGUGUUAUAUCAAAAGCGACCUUGUGCCAACUCACAAUAGGUUGUAAUUUCACUUUUAACUGAAAAACAGGCGUCUAGACAUUUUUCGUCAUAUAGUAGACUAAGGCAGUCAAGUGAGCUGCGUCACUUGACUGGUAUAUAACAGUGAUAUUCAUAGCUGUAUUUUACUUUAGUUGCGAUUUAGUAUUAAACAAUGUUUUGUAUACGGGCUGGGCCCGACGUAGGUCAGUGGUUUGCUCGCUACCAGCGUGUCUAAGUGUGGUAUUCCACUGUGCUCUUGGUCCAAUGUGCAUUGCGUCUCACUCUUUUACUAAGCAAAAUCUAACACGCAAAUACACAUUGGAGAAAGAAAUUGGAUAGGUGGAAUACCACCCUAAUCAAGGCUAGAAUUUUAGACAAAUUCUCGAAUUCAUGCGACAUACUUAUCACAAUCCUCUCUUCAUUAUCGUAGGUGACGGACAUUUUAUUUACCAUUCGUUUUUCCGGAAGCUUGGCUGUAGUAUUUUCUAUCAAAUUAUUUAUCCGCCACGUCGGGUUUCCGGGCAAACGGAUGUAGCACAUUGUAAAUACUUUUUUUACGGGAAAGGUAAGUUUGCCAUCACAUUAGCUUUUAAAAUAUUUUGAAUAUUUUUUUUACGGAAUGCUUUAGCCGGUAGACGGCGCGUUACUGCUCAUGUACUGUACUACGAUUUGUAAUAUACGCCUCAGCAAUCAUUGCUAUCUCCAUGUUAAAGGCAGAUGUCAAAAACAUUUGAGAAACACUUCGACUGAACUGAGCGCAUACUUUAAAUCGUAGUACUGUAAUCUUUGUAUUUUUUUAGCAACUGUGGAUGUUGUAGUCAAUUUUUAAUAUUAAAAUGCAGAAUAAAAUAACAUAUGUAUAUUUAGCGAAAUAUCCUCUAGCGCGGAGUGCGACCGCUCGCCCGUGAUAGUAUUUUAGUGAAUGCGGUUAUUUCUCUCAUUAAUAUGAUCAUUCAAGUGUCUUAUUCAAUGGUUAGCAAUAAUAUAUUAGGGUAAACUGUAAAGUCACUUGGCACGGUUAGCGGCACAUCAAAGAUCUGUUCAAUGAUAUCUAAAACAGUAAGAUAUCUGAAGAGAUCACUUGUGUUCGUAAUGUACAUCAAGGAAGGACUUGUAGAAAAUGUCCAGUAUUUUAGAAUAGUCCUGCGAGCGUCCGCACUCUGCGUUAGGCUCGGUGAACUAUCUAGGAAAAUCUUUUUAUUAAUAAACUAAACAAUACGAUAUUGAUAUUUUUAAAGCGAAUACAUUCCAAAAUUUCUAACGGAAUAGCUAGUAUGAACAUAGCCAAUACUUUAUAACUAGAUUUUUAGUCUAAACCGAGUUGAGCAGCGUUGUUGCGAUGUACAAACUAUUGAGGUUUUGAAGCCGUUGAUCGUUAAGUUGUCGAUGUAAUUAUGUACAUAUUAUUUACGUUUUGUUCUGAAUAAGUUUAUUUUUGUGACGUUUAUUGGCUCCUCGCAUGUUGUUGACGAAUGUAAAUGUUGUGCAUACGAACGAAAUGGCAAAUAAAUUAUUAUAAUGUACAGCCAA